UGCGCCCGAAGGCCGAAGCCAUAGCCUUCUCGCAGUAGCAGCUUUCUCCGGUCUGGGCGCCGUGUUCGUUUAGUACUGCCGAUUUGAUCUUUCUGUGGUGCGGCGGGCUGCGUGGAUUAAGUAAUUGGUAUUUGUGUGCUGACUGGUGGCUAAGGCAAUACGUCGAACACCUGGUGUGCGACGCCUCUUGGGAGGAGCCUUGAGUCUAUCAUGAACUUUUCUGGGACUGAAAGGAGGUGGCGGUGAACUAGGUUUCCUGAAUUGCUUGUGCCGCAACUUAGCAGAAAGCAAGAUUUACCUCCGGCCGUUUGGAAUUGGAAUAGGUUGCUGUUACUCCGGCGUUCCAGUGGUCGAUUUAUUGCUAUCCAGCGUUGGCUGCUGAUAGGAUUGCGAAUAGCUGGAUGGAUAAGCAUAAAGAUGGCUUCUGUAGCUUCUGCUUUCAUGUUUUACCAGCAUUGUCUGUGCAUUGCUUAUCUGUGGUUUCGCGAACAGAUAUUGUGUUAUGGCUUCCCUUUUCCCCGGACAUGAGUUGUACUUGUUGGGUGGCCUGUUUAUCUCACUGCAUUGUUUCCCGAUGCUGUAGUCCCGAUAUCUGACAUGUUACAUUUCCCUAAUCUAUUACAGAAUGGGUAGCUCUUAUUCAUGAGUUCUUUAUCACACAAAGUCAUUCAAAUGACCAUAUGUAGACUAGGCAACAAGCUUGAUGCUCUUGUGCAUUAAGCCCAUGGCUGAUUAUUUCCGGUCUUUGUGUUGUGUAGCACAUUUGUUUCCUGUCUGAAAAGGAAUUCCCUUCCCAGACCCCACCUUGUGUGGGAGCUUUCAGAACGGGGUACUCCAUUUUUUUGUGACAGGAGUUUGGAUGUUAGAAUUGUCAAUUGGAUUUGGAUAGAUGAUGUUGAAUUUUCCCAAUUACAGUGUUCAGCAAGGGGGAUAAUAAACGACAAAUCGAUGCAUAAGUUCAUGCAUAUUUAUCCUACUGGACUAGCAACCUUGUAAAUGAAUUCAUACUAUUCAUGUUUUAUGGGAUGCAUCCAUAGUCUGAGAUCUUCUUAAUGAAACACGUGCCUGAGCACGUUUGUGAGAAAAAAGAUCCAUAGUCUGAGAUUAUUUGUAAAGGAAAGGAAUAAAACAAGCCUAACUGUUUUCGUUUCAGGAACGAGGUGUCAUUGUAAAGUCUGAACAGCAGAACCUCUUAUCAACUUCAGCAUAUCAGUAGUGUUUUUCAUCCUUAAAGAAACCAAGGAUCACGAUGGCACUGCGGCGAGCGCUGGGAUGGUCGGAAGGGGAGGUGAUGCGGCCGGAGUCAAAGCCCUGCUCUCGGUUGAUGCGACAGACUGCUGGCAUCUUCUCAGUUGGUGGUGGUCUGGCUUUCUGGGUGCUCUGCCGCCUUCACUAUGGUCCAAGAAUAACAGUUCCAAGGAGUCUCAGGUGGGCGUCAUGUGGAGCAGUCUCUGUGAGCGCGUCAUCAUCCUUGCUUGUGCGGCUCUUCAGCCCAGAAUGUGAACCUCAGAAUAUAGCAGCAUAUGACAAACCUGAAUUGAAGCCUGAAUAGCUAGCUUAUUUGAGUUUAGAGUUAGUCUACUCAGUUUAUUACCAAAAAAAAAGUUAGUCUACUCAGUUGUAUCAUGUUUUUUAUCCGUGCAUCCUGGACAGUUUCUGGAAGAUACCUCUGCAUGAUGGAAAGAUGGAGCCUAUCAUAUAUUGUCACUUGAAUUUGUUUUACUGGCUACCAUUGUAUGGUAAAUUUAUCUCCGAGCUAUGAGCUGUUGCGUUUA